GCCCCUCCUCCUACUUCACUACUUCUUCAAGAGUCCAAUCUGCUCCCUGCGCAUCCUCUAUUCCUCUUCCCCUCCCACUCCCCAGCUCCUGCCGCCCCGCUCCACGUUCCAGAACAUCUGGGGGGGUAUCCCACUCGCAUGGUCACCCCAUAGCCCCCCGAGAAACCACCCCACCGACGCACAGGCAGCAAUGGCGGUGGGCAGCGGCCUGGCCCUGUACCACGUCCUCGGAGUGGCCACCUGCGUGGCGCUGCUGUACUUCACCUUCGGCGAGGUGGACCUCCGCCACAUCUCGCUCCCGUCCUUGCCCGUCUCCCGCCCGUCCCCCUUCCGCGCGGCUGCCGUGGCGGCGCCAUUCGUGGAGCGGCGCGGCGCGCAGCUGUUCCUGGCCGGCCGGCCCUUCUACGUGAACGGGUGGAACUCCUACUGGCUCAUGGACCAGGCCGUGGAGCCGAGGUCCCGGGACCGCGUCUCCCGCAUGUUCCGCACCGGCGCCGAGAUGGGCCUCACCGUGUGCCGCUCCUGGGCGUUCAAUGACGGCGCCUACAACGCCCUCCAGGUCUCCCCCGGCCACUUCGACGAGCGCGUCUUCAAGGCGCUGGACCGGGUGGUCGUGGAGGCCGGGCGGCACGGGGUGCGGCUGAUCCUGAGCCUGGCGAACAACCUGGAGGCGUACGGUGGCAAGACGCAGUACGUGCGGUGGGCGUGGGAAGAGGGCGUCGGCAUGUCCGCCUCCAACGAUUCCUUCUUCUACGAUCCAGCCAUCCGCGACUACUUCAAAGUCUACCUCAAGACGCUGCUGACGAGGAAGAACCACUUGACAGGGGUGGAGUACAGGGACGACCCCACCAUCCUCGCGUGGGAGCUGAUGAACGAGCCCCGCUGCACCACGGACCCCUCCGGCGACACGCUGCAGCGCUGGAUGGAGGAGAUGUCGGCGUACGUCAAGUCCAUCGACAAGAAGCAUCUGCUCACCGUCGGCACCGAGGGGUUCUACGGGCCGACGAGCCCCCAGGAGAAGCUGGACGUCAAUCCGGGCACGUGGAAGGACAACAACUACGGUUCGGACUUCAUCCGCAACGCCAAGAUCCCAGACAUCGACUUCGCUUCCAUCCACCUCUACCCUGACACCUGGCUGCUGCAGCAGCACGCCACGGUGGACGAGAAGCUCAAGUUCGUGAAGCGGUGGGUGGCGUCCCACAUCGAGGACGGGGACAAGGAGCUGGGCAAGCCGGUCCUCGCCACCGAGUUCGGGCUGUCGCACCGCGCCAAGGGCUUCCACCACUCCCACCGCGACGUCUUCUACAAGGCCGUCUACGACACCGUCUACCGGUCGGCCGCCCGCGGCGGCGCCGGCGCCGGCGCCUUCGUGUGGCAGCUCGCCGUGGAGGACAUGGAGGAGUUCCACGACGACUUCUCCGUCGUGCCCAGCGAGCACCCCUCGCUGCACAGGCUCAUCAAGUCGCAAUCGUGCAGGCUGGCCAAGCUUAGGCACGGGGUCGGGGAGGAGGCCAAGCGGACGCUGUCGGUGUGCGCCGCCGGCUCGUCCUAGGAACGACCGACGAGCGGUGCUGCGCAGGCAGAAGCCAUUUCCACGCGUCCCCCUUUCAGCUUUGUUGCGCCCAGUCCGAGGGUUUUGUCUUUGUUUCUGUCGUCCGAAUGGAGCGAGUGGUGAUGGUGAAGUGUGUCAGAAAUAGAUCGGAGAAAAAUGAAAUAGAAAGCAGCAACAGCAACAAGAAAAAAAAAGUGUGUUACCUCGUGAGGCUUUGGUAAUGCUGCUGGUUAGAUUCGUUUGUGGCCACAGCACCGACGCCUCACGCAGUCACGCCUGCCCGUGGAAUGGCAGAUCGGCAUAGAUAAGCUACAGUUUCCGUCCUGUGCAACUGUACGUUAGAUGCCCUUGACCUUUGAUAUAUAGAGUCAUCGUCGGGUGGCAUCCAAUGGUAAUAGUCCUCCAUAUAGUGUAUUUCUGCAAUCUGGACAUUGGACCUAUAUUUAUAUAUAGCUGUAAGCAUAAGAGGAC